AUGAAAGUUUGCGGAAUUCAAGGUUGUAAAAAGAACCAUAAUAGGUUGUUACAUAAUGAAGAAAUGAAUUAUCAAAAUGCGGGUAACAGUUUGUCUUUACACAAAGAUGAAAUGAAUCAACAAAAUGUAACUACAAAUGAAAAUGCGACAAGUCAUCAUGUUCAACAUCAGGAUCAUGAUAAUGACAAUCGUUUCUCAGUACCAAAUCGGAUUUCACUUCGCACAGUUCCAGUAAUAGUAAAAAAUGGAAGUAAACAGUUGACUGUAAAUGCACUGUUGGACGAUGGCAGUUCAAAAUCAUACAUUAAUGCAGAUGUAGCUGCAGAAUUAGGAUUAGACAUAGUAUCUAAUGCACAGUUGAUAACAGUAAAUGUUAUGAAUGGUAGAAAAGAAACUUUUGAAACUGCACCUGUGAAAUUUCAUAUUGAAGGCUUGAAUGGUCAAGUGAAAAUGGGAAUGGAGGCUACAACAACAACUUGUGUAACAGGAAAUCUCAGAACAGUAGAUUGGAAUAAACAAUCUGGACAGUUUAAACAUCUAAAUGAUAUAAAUAUCGAAAAAUCGAUAGAAAAAUUCUGGGAAAUAGAACACAUUCCACAAAAAGGGAGUACCAUGUCAGUCGAAGACGAAUCCAUUGUGAAACAAGUAAAAUCUACGAUAACAUGUAGUGAAGGACAUUAUCAAGUAUCCAUUCCAUGGAAUGACAAAAAGCCGUCUCUGAAAAAUAACUAUGAAAUGGCAUUACAGAGAUUAAGAAACACAGAAAAGAAAAUAGAGAAAGAUCCAGUUGUGAAAGAAGCAUAUGAAACCACACUACAGAAAUAUCAAAAUAAAGGUUAUAUAACGGAAGUUAACCCGAAUGAAAGUUUCAAUGACAGUGAGUGGUAUUUACCACAUUUUCCGGUAGUUAAACUGGAUCGAGAGACAACUAAAGUCCGUAUUGUUUUCGAUGCAGCAGCAAAAACAGAGGGAUUAAGUCUAAAUGAGGCGAUAUAUCAGGGACCAAAGUUGCAGAAUGAAUUAUUUGAUGUAUUGUUGAGAUUUAGAAGUCAGCCCAUAGCAAUUAUGUGUGAUAUUGAAGAGAUGUACUUACGUGUAGGAAUUAACCCUAUUGACAGAUCAUAUCACAGGUUUCUUUGGAAUUCUUCAGCACCAAUUCGGUAUGAAUUCAAAACACUGGUGUUUGGAGUUAAUGCAUCACCAUUUCUAACCCAAUAUGUUUCUAGACAUAAUGCUGAAUUACAUAAAGAAGAAUAUCCACGUGCUGCAGAAACGGUCUUUAGCUCAACAUACAUGGAUGAUAGUAUGGAUUCUGUGUCUACCGUAGAGGAAGGUAUUGAAUUGUAUUAUCAGCUAUCAGAACUUUGGGCGAAAGCAAACAUAUAUGCAAGAAAAUGGCUGUCAAAUUCGGCUGACGUACUAGAAAAAAUCCCCACUGAGCAUAGAGCUUCUAAAGUUGAACUGGACAAAAAUGACUUGCCAACUGUAAAAACACUUGGUGUAACAUGGUUAGCUAAUGAAGAUUGUUUUAUUUUCAAUGUGCAAGAGUCGGAUAACUAUACAACAUUGACAAAGAGAACAAUUCUAAGAAAAAUAGCGACUAUAUUUGAUCCACAUGGUUUUGUUGCACCAUAUAUCGUGCAAGCAAAGAUUCUGAUGCAGGAAUUAUGGUUAGCUGGAUUAGAUUGGGAUGAAAUUGUUCCAAAUGAAAUGAAUGAAACAUUUUUGAGGUGGUUAUCUGAAUUGAAAGAACUUAAACAAAUCAAAAUACCAAGAUGUAUAAGACAUGAAAGCUAUGUUCAGCCAAAAAGAGUAACAUUACAUGCAUUCGGUGAUGCAUCAGAAAAAGCUUACGGUUCAGUAGUGUAUGCUCGCUGUGAAGAUUCUGACAAUAACAUUUCGGUUAGACUCGUUGCAGCAAAAAGUAGAGUAGCGCCGGUUAAGACGAUAAGUAUUCCUAGAUUAGAGCUUUUGGCAGCUGUUCUGUGCUUGAAACUUACAUUGUCAAUUUGUGCUGCACUAAACAUUUGUAUUAACAAUUGCACAUUUUGGACAGAUAGUAUGAAUGCUUUACAUUGGAUACGAAAUAGAAGCACAAUUUUCAAACCAUUUGUUGCUAAUAGAAUUGGAGAGAUUCAGUAUCAUUCAAAUCCUAUACAAUGGCGACAUGUACAAGGAAAACAAAAUCCGGCUGACAUUUUAAGUAGAGGAUGUUCAAUAUCUUAUUUAGAAACGAACGAGUUGUGGUGGAACGCACCUGAAUUUCUGAAGAAAAAUGAAUGCGAAUGGCCAAAAAGUAAAGUUGAAUUUUCGCAUGAGAACAGUGAAAUAAAAAAGUCAAAACAAAUGCAGUUUGAAGUACAAACAAUGCACACACAGAGCGCGGAUGUACAAACAUGCAAUGAAGAAUGGCGGCUUGAUCCGAAACGAUAUUCCAGUUGGACAAAAUUAGUACGGGUAUAUGCUUGGGUUAUGCGUUUCGUGGAAAAUUGUAAACGUACAAAAACAGCAAGAAUUGAAGGACAACUGGGUGCGAAUGAAAUACAUGAUGCAGAAGUAAAAUUAAUAAUAAAAGCUCAAAGGUCUCAUUAUAAGGAAGAAUUUACAUGUUUAUCUAAGCAAAAAGAACUACCAAAAGAUAGCAAAUUGAUCAAAUUGAAUCCAAAAAUUGACGGUGAAGGAGUAAUCAGAAGUGAUGGACGCUUAAAAUACGCUGAAAUGUUAUCGUAUGACUGUCGAUAUCCAGUGAUACUACCUCGACAUGAUUGGAUUACUGAACUAAUUGUUCGUCACUUUCAUGAAGAUUCAGGACAUAGUGGUACAAACUACACACUUUCCGUGUUAUCAACACAGUAUUGGAUACCAUCUGCAAGGGAGGUAAUUCGUGCAGUAGAAAACAAAUGUACAAAGUGUAAACUUCGCAAAGCAAGACCAAAAGAACAGAUUAUGGCGCUACUUCCAAAUAUCCGUCACAAUAUGCCAUUAAGAGCAUUUGUUCAUGUAGCAGUAGAUUAUGCGGGACCAUUUGUAACUGUUCAAGGCCGUGGAAAACGUCGAGAAAAAAGAUACCUUUGUUUAUUCACUUGUUUGAGUACAAGAGCUGUACACUUAGAGAUUGCAUUUGGAAUGGAUGUAGAUUCUUUUCUUAAUGCGUUGUACCGGAUGGUUAGUCGUCGGGGAUUACCAAAAACUAUGUUAUCAGACAAUGGAUCAAAUUUUGUUCGUGCUGACAAAGAAUUAAAACAGUUAUUGCAGUGUCUUGAUCAGGAUAAAAUUAAAGAAAACACAGCAAAUAAAGGAAUACAGUGGCAAUUUAUUCCACCCUUUGCUCCUCAUUGGGGAGGUGUACACGAAAUAAUGAUCAAAAGUGCUAAACGUGCAACAUACGCAAUAUUACAAAAUGCUUCAGUUACUGACGAAGAGCUUAUGACGGCAUUUGCUGGAGCUGAAGGCUUGAUCAAUUCAAGACCACUUACAUAUCAAACUAGUAAUCCAGCAGACUGUAUACCGCUUACACCAAACCAUUUUCUGCAUGGACAAAUCGGGGGAAAGUUUGCUCCUGAAAGUGUGGAUACUACAGAAUUCAGUCCUAGAAAGCGAUGGCGUAGAAUACAGGAGUUAGUUCGACACUUCUGGAAUAGAUGGUUACAUGAGUGGUUACCCAGUCUACGAACAUCAAAAAAAUGGCAUAGAAUUAAUCCAGACCUGAAAGUUAACGAUGUCGUGAUUGUUACGUCUAAUGAUUUACCGCGAGCACAGUGGCCAUUAGGGCGUAUUACGCGUGUGCAUACAAGUCGCGAUGGACAUGUGCGUGCAGCAAAUGUUUUAAUGAAUGGCAAAGAAUUUGUGCGACCAAAAACAAAACUGUGCCCAUUAGAAAUAAAUGCUGAUGAUUAA